UGGUCUGUAGAGCACGCAUUCAGUUGGUCGGUCAGCUUGUCAGCCUGUCUGAGGUCCUCGAUUAGGGGGUUUGGUUGUCUUGUCUUGUCUUGUCUUAUAUUAUAUUAUACCCUCGUGUGCUGGUUCUUUUGUUUCCGGCUUGACGUCGUUCAUUGCUAUUGUUAUUUUUGGGUUUGGAUCAGUAUAAGACAAGAUGAUCUUUUCGCUGGGUCGGGUCCUGGCGAUCUCGGCCUUGGUAGGACUGGGUGCUGCUGCUCCGGCGCAGUUGACUUCGAGAGAUGUCUCCGCCGACGUCCUGAAACAGUUAAAUCUGUUCGCAGAGUACUCGGCCGCUGCGUACUGCACAACCAACAUCGACUCCCCAGGCGACAAGCUAACCUGCGAGGCGGGCAACUGCCCAUCCGUCGAGAAAGCCGAGACGGAGACCCUGAGCGAGUUUUUCGCCAACGAUGAAUACGGUGAUGUCGCCGGCUUCUUCGCCGUCGACUCGACCAACAAGCUCCUGAUCCUGUCCUUCCGGGGCUCUCGCACCAUCGACAACUGGAUCGCAAACCUGGACUUCGGCCUCGACAAGGUCGAAGAUCUCUGCGCGGGCUGCCAGGCCCACGGCGGCUUCUACAAGGCCUGGCAAGCCGUUGCCGACGACAUCACCGCUAGCGUCAAGUCCGCCGUCGACAAGUACUCGGGCUAUAAGCUCGUAUUCACGGGACAUAGCUUUGGGGCUGCGUUGGCGUCGUUCGCGGCCACCGCGUUGCGCAAUGAUGGGUUUGAGAUUGAUUUGUACUCGUACGGCUCGCCCCGUCUCGGCAACAAGGCCCUGGCUACGUAUAUCACCGGCCAAGGCACGAACUACCGCAUCACGCACACGAACGAUAUCGUGCCGCGUCUCCCGCCGUCUAUCCUGGGCUUCACGCACUUUAGCCCCGAGUACUGGAUCACCAGCGCCAAUCAAAAGACGGUGACCGGGGCGGACAUUACGCUGGUUGAGGGCGUGGGGUCGCGCGAUGGCAAUGCGGGAGAGGCUAAGCAGAGCGUUCUGGCGCAUUCGUGGUAUUUUGUGUCGAUUUUUGCGUGUGCUUAGAUGGAUACUGGGGUGCUGCUCCUGUCGCCUGAAAGGGUUGGGAGGGCUGUAUAUAAAUUGUUAAUAGUGGAAUUGUAAAAAUUU